AUGCAUGCGCAAAUGGAUGGUCACGACCAAAUAGCUCAUGACAUGGUCAAGUAUGACGAGUUCGCCAUCUUCCGCCGAUUCAGGAUCCUGAAUUACCGCACGUUGUUGUACAAGCAGGCCGAACUGAUGGAAAAGGAGCGCGUUCUCAUCUCGGCCAUUAUAGAAGACCGCAAUUCCGGUGACGAUGAACGACAGCAGUUCGCCUUCAGCUUCAAAGCCAUGUUGACGUCCACGAGCGACACGGAGGGCUCAAAAAUACAGAGGGGGCUGAUGCAGGACAUUUGUCGUCUCCUCCCAGAAUACAGCAUGUGGUUCUCUUUCCCACUCUGA